UAUAUAGAGAAGCUCAUAAUUUAUAUCCCAAACACAAAACAAUAAAACACAACCAAUAUGGCUUCUAUUUCCUUUCAUUUUUCUCUCUUUCUCCUAAUAAUAACCAUUUUCUCAUCAUCAAAACUAGCCAACGCAGCAAACAACACACAGAAUUUCCACUACUUCUGUGAUUUCAACAACAGAGGUAACUUCACAAACAACAGCACUUACCAAACAAACCUCAAAACACUUUUAUCAACUCUCACUUCCAACACACAAAUCAAUUACGGUUUCUACAAUUUCUCAAACGGCCAAACCACAAACAAAGUAAACGCAAUUGCUCUCUGCAGAGGCGAUGUUAAAAACCAAAACGACUGCCUCAGUUGCCUAAAAGCUUCAAGCAACAAUCUCACACAGCUUUGUCCAAACCAGAAAGAAGCAAUUGGUUGGUACGAAGACGAAAAAUGCAUGCUACGUUAUUCAGAUCGAUCCAUAUUUAAUCUCGAAGAAACUGGACCUGCUUACUUUGCAUGGAAUUCGAAAAACGCAACAAAUGAAGAUGAGUUUGAUAAAAAGGUGAAAAAUUUGUUGGAUGGUUUAAGAAACAAAGCUUCAUCCAAUGACCUUAAAUAUGCAGUUGGAAGUGAUAAGUUUGGUCUGAAUAAUAAUGAAACAUUAUAUGGUCUUGUUCAAUGCACACCUGAUUUGUCGAAAACAUCUUGUGAUGAUUGUUUGGUUCAAUCAAUCAAAGAAGUUCCAAAUUGUUGUAACAAUAGAAUAGGUGCUAGAAUUGUUAGACCUAGUUGUAAUUUGAGAUAUGAAAUCAAUUCACCCUUCUACCAUACUACUACACCAGAUUCAACCUCACCAUCACCUUCGCCAUCGCCACCAUCAACGGUGCCGCCAUUAACAGCUCCUCCUCCGUUUGCACAAAACACUGCUUCUUCCCCCUCUUCAGAUAAAGGCAACACGUCAAGAAAUGCAGCUGGUAUAAUCCAGUUGAUGCUGUUUAUAUUGAGCUCAUUCUUAUCAUCUUUUUGAUCAAUUUCUAAGUGGCUAUUAUUUAGGAGCAUUGAAGAACACCAAGAAAAUAUAUAGAAGAAAGUUUUGUUCUAUUAUUGAAAAAGGCAUCCUUAGAAUAAUGAGGAAUAAUGCCUGACUAAAUAAAAUUAUUACAUUGAAAUACAUAAUUGGUAUAAAUCGGAUAUUCUCUAUGUAUAGUUGUAAAAACUAAUAUAUUGAAUAAAAAAAUUACAUUAGACGGCAAAUCUUGCCCUAAUAGGUUUAUCAGUAUUGUGUGUCCAUGACUUAAUUGAAAUUCAAGAUCUCUAAUUAGGGGUGUUGAAACACAUAAUUGCAAAUCUGGAAAAGUCGGGAGCAACAACGGAUGUCCAAUAAUUCUGAACCACAAGAGAGGGAGAUAACACAUCUCCAUCCAAAACUUUAAAGCAUUAGGUAUAUGAGUCAUCUCUAUGAUAAAUUCAAUAUUACACCCAUUUUUAGUAGGACUUAACCAUCACAUUUGCACCCAACAUUCUCACCCGUUAGUGUGAGUCUCCCAUAUCCCUAUAACAUUAUCCAACAUAGGAUUCAGCUCCCGCUCGAAUACAAAGUUGAACCAUAGCUCUAAUAUUACUUGUUGAAAAGUCUAGGGAGGACACAAGCAUCGACUGGUACCCAAUGCUCUAUGAGCACAAGAGUGGCAGACGUCACAUCUCUUGUAACGCCCCAAACUGCUUUCAAGAUUAUUGACUGAUCCCACAAACCAACACGAUUCUUUUUAGCAUGCUUUGUCUGCACUUACACUUUUCAAGAAACUUCCCAAAAGAUCACCCAUCCAAAUAAUAUUCUAAAUCAAACACACUUAACUAUAAAAUUCUUAUUCAUUAGGGCUACCAAAAAGAUAUCACAAGUUGCAAGCCCAGUGGCCUCAGAUAUCACAUCGGUACAUCCAUAAAUAUCACAACGGUACAUCCAUGUGGG